AUGGUAAAUGGUUAUUUUCUUUGUCUUGGUUCAAGGCAACAUUUAGAAAAUCUUUUUGUUGAUGAUUGUACAAUAAAAAUUCGCUUGAAUUCUUUACUGGAUUCAACAUUAGAUCAAACAGUUCUCGAUUAUUUUUCAUCAAAUUUUAUCUUAAAAGAGCGUCAUAUAAAUAUAUUACGACAUGAAAUAGCUGAAAAAUAUGUUUCAUUAAAAGAUUUUUUUUCUAAACUUGAAAAUUUAUUAUUUAAUGAACGUAUAACAGAUUAUAGUAUUUCACCAAAUACACUUUUUACUCUGUUUGUUAAUUUUGUACGCGAUCAAUUUGAUGCAUCCUCACAAACAAACAAAAAACAUCCAGACGAAGGCAAGGAUAUUUUAAUGAUAUUCGUGAUGAUACAUUUGAUGAUGGAUUAUUCGUUAUUAGAAAAAUCAAGAAGGAAAAAAACUCAUCACGUAUUUCGUAAUCAAUCUUUUAUCAUUUUCUAUAAUAAACAAACAUAA